GAGAGUCUGGAGUGGAGUGGAUAAAAUCAUAAAAAAAAAAUCAUACACAACACAAAGAGAGCUGAAAGAAACACACAGAGACUCAGAGAGAGAAGGGUGGAUGGUUGGAUUCACGAGCUGUAGGAUCCUAACGCCCUUUGCAACGCCAAAAACACCCAGAUAUUAAAAAAUAUAAAGAUUAAAGCUUUUGAUUUUUUUGACAAAGAUCUGAUAAACCCCCAUUUCUGAGGUGGGUGGGAGCUUCACGGGGACGAACGCAUCUCAGUCUUUUUCUCCACCCACCACCUUUUCCCAUCAAUCCAGUGGUCCAGGCGCUGCCACCGCACCUCCACCACCGCUCCUUCGGUUGGUUUGAUCACUGCUUUGCCUUUCCCAUUCCUUUCUCUCUCUCUCUAACAUUAGAGAGAGAAUCAGAGAAAGCUCAGCGUGUGGAAGGAAUUGGGUUUUUUCAGAGGGUGUUGGUGUAUAUAGAGGGAGGGCGAGAGGAGAGAUAUGAAUCGGUCUGUGCUCACAGUUGGGCCAGCCAUGGACAUGCCGAUCAUGCACGACAGCGAUCGGUACGAGCUGGUUCGGGAUAUUGGGUCGGGAAAUUUCGGGGUUGCACGGCUUAUGAGGGACAAGCAGACUGGUGAGCUUGUUGCUGUGAAAUACAUAGAGAGAGGUGAGAAGAUAGAUGAAAAUGUACAAAGAGAAAUUAUAAACCACAGGUCAUUGAGGCAUCCAAACAUUGUCCGGUUCAAAGAGGUAAUAUUAACACCCACUCAUCUGGCUAUUGUGAUGGAAUAUGCAUCUGGGGGAGAGCUCUUUGAGCGUAUAUGCAACGCUGGGCGUUUCAGUGAGGAUGAGGCGCGUUUCUUCUUCCAGCAACUUAUAUCAGGAGUCAGUUACUGUCAUGCAAUGCAAGUGUGCCACCGGGACUUGAAGUUGGAGAACACAUUGUUAGAUGGAAGUCCAGCUCCUCGUUUAAAAAUAUGUGACUUUGGCUACUCAAAGUCCUCGGUGCUGCAUUCACAACCAAAAUCGACUGUGGGCACCCCUGCAUAUAUUGCACCUGAGGUGUUACUCAAGAAAGAAUAUGAUGGAAAGAUUGCAGAUGUAUGGUCUUGUGGGGUGACCUUAUAUGUCAUGUUGGUGGGUGCAUAUCCAUUUGAAGAUCCUGGGGAGCCUAAAAACUUCCGCAAGACAAUACACCGGAUAACGAAUGUCCAGUACUCUAUUCCUGACUAUGUUCAUAUAUCUCCAGAGUGCCGCCAUCUAAUAUCAAGGAUUUUCGUAGCUGAGCCCGAGAAGAGGAUAACCAUCCCUGAGAUCAGGAACCACGAAUGGUUUCUAAAGAACCUUCCAGGAGAUCUCAUGGUUGAAAACACCAUGAACAACCAGUUUGAAGAGCCGGAUCAACCCAUGCAAAGCCUUGAUGAGAUUAUGCAGAUAAUUGCCGAGGCUACAAUACCUGCGGCCGGGGCCAACAGUCUCAACCAGUAUCUUGCUGGCAGCCUGGACAUAGAUAACAUGGAGGAGGAUCUUGAGUCUGAUCCCGACAUUGACAUUGACAGCAGCGGAGAGAUAGUCUAUGCAAUUUAAUUGGUACAAUGUCUUGCAGCAACGGAGGGUUCGCCCUCCGCCUGUGUUUCUGUCUCUCCUUUUUUAGGGGCAUGCUUCGUUUCAUCCGUUCGAACCUAGCUCCACAUGUUCAAUGGCUGGACAGAGAUAAUGUAUAACAGAAGAACAAUACUAUUUCAUUGACUGUUGAACUUC